AUGCCUCGUAUACGGCUCAUCGCGCCGACGCUUCUCCUCACCACUCUCACGAGCCUGGUCCACGGUCAAAGCCGCCCCUCCUGUGACCCCGACCUCGUGAACCGGACGAACCCCAAUGAAUACUUUGUCAACCCCAACCAGUUCUGUAUAGACAACAACUAUGUGGGCGUGAAAGUCAGGGAGGAGGGGACGCCUAUGAAGGUUCAGUGGGUCUCGGCAUCGUCGCCGGUGACGCUGCGGAUAGCACAGAUCAAUGCGACGAAUCCGCUGAGGUUGUUGGCUGAUGACCUGACCGAGGAUUCUUACGAAUGGAACGGCUGCCUGCCCGGCCAGCUCACCCUCGAGAACGGCAUUACCUUCAACUUCCUCCUAAAUGACGCCGACGGCACACCCUUGUGCUCCUCGGAUUUUUUCAACGUCACCGCUUCGGAUAAAUGUAACGGUGCGGCCAGCAGUGCCGCUUCAUCCAUCACGGGGUCCGAGACAUCGACGCUUGCUUCGACGGCCGCCGUGCCGAGUGUGACUUCGUCGCAGACGACUGAUGGCGUGGCUUCAGGUACGGCUGGGACUGCCGCUGACGAUGGUGGGCUCGGCACAGGCGCGAAGAUUGGCAUUGGUGUUGGUGUCGGCGUCGGCGUGCUGGGACUGAUCCUCUUCGGCGCAGCUUUCUGGCUGCAUAGGAAACGAAAGGGCCGAAAUGGCAAUAGCAGCAACAGCCAACCCAUGAUGCACGACAAUAAUCACGGCCAGGCGGCCCCGCCAUAUCCAGCAUGGUCACAGGGCAACGUGUCGAGUCCGACGCACUAUGCGAGUGAACUGGGCUCCGACAGUCAUACCUACAACCAGGCGCCGCAUUACUCCGGCGCAUACUCUGACAACGCCUAUAAACCGCCAAUGAGUCAGGCGCCGCCGAGGGGAGAGCUGCCCGGUUGA